UGUCCUCAGCAGACAGCACAGGAAACUGGCGCAACCAUCUGGCUGUGGGCCUGACAGAGUUUGAUCCACCUGAUGCCCGUCAGUAUCUUCAUGUUGGAGCUCCAGCGUCUCCCUAUAACCGCAGUCCCACACACAACAGAGUUUCUUCUGAGAACAAAGAAACAAAGCCUAAAAUGUCUGAGUCAGUAGAUGUGCUUGGUGCUGAGGCCACUAGUGCAGAUGAAGCAUCAGACAACCAUUCUAGCACUUAA